AACCCUAGUUGUAAGCAGAAUAGGGUUCGAGAAGAAGAAAGUCGCACUGUAGAGAGAACUAAGGGAUUGGCAGUGGGGCUUGGCACUUGUGUUUAUCUAUGGAGUGCUUCAAACAGCAAAGUGACUAAGCUUUGUGACUUGGGGCCUUAUGAUGGUGUUUGUUUUGUCCAGUGGACCAAGGAGGGUUCUUUCAUAUCUAUUGGUACAAACCUUGGUCAAGUUCAGAAAUCGCCGAAAGGGGUGUCUGGAAUCGAGAAAGAUUCGUGCGUGAUUGAUAUGAAGUGCAGUAGUCACAAAGGGUUUUCUGAGAAUUCACAAGGUGAGAGGAUUUGUAGGAUUUGUCAUCUAGCUUUUGGACCUGCGUCAGAUGCAUCAAUUGUCGAAAGUGCGAGCGCUACGAGUGGAGAUUUUAUUCAACUUGGUUGCGUGUGUAAAGACGAGCUCGACAUUGCUCAUGUUUAUUGUGCUGAAGUGUGGUUCAAGCUAAAGGGAAGCAGAUUAUGUGAAUUAUGUGGCGAGACUGCAAAAAAUGUCUCGGGUGUUACUACUAACAGAGUUAUGGAAGAGUGGAAUGAUAGAAGAUUCUCCGGAGAUAUUGCUGCUCAAAUUAAGCACAAUAACAAAUCUCUUCAUUUCAAAGUUGAUACUGAAUCAAAUGUGUUGACGAUAUUUACUCUCACAGAUUUCGUGACUUCUGCUAAAGCCGUUGCUUUUAUUCGAUUACCUGAUUACAAAUCCGGCAAGAUUGAAGUUCAAUAUCUUCAUGAUCAUGCUGGUUUUACUACUGCUGUUGAUUUGAGUCGCAACACUAACUAA